CUUCCUUUCUGGAGUUUUGCUUCUGCAAAUUCACAGUGGAGCUGGUCACGGUACCCGUGAUGCUGUUCUUGUGCAGGGUGAUGGUCUACAUGGUGCUGGGGCUGGGGUCCCUGCUGGUGGGAGGGUUCCCCCAGCCCUGCCCUCCGUCCUGCCAGUGCUACGAUGUCUCCAAAGUCUUCUGCUCGGACGAGAGGAUGCGGGAGAUCCCUGUGGGACUGCCAGGAAAUGCCACCCAGCUCUUCUUUGUGGAGACGGCCCUCAGCAGCCUCCACAGAGGGGCCCUGGGCUCCAGCAGCACCCUCACCAAGCUGGUUUUCCUCAACAACAACAUCCAGGCGCUGGAGGCUGGCACGUUUCAGGGGCUGCCCAAUCUCACGGAGCUGGAGGUCUCGGGCAACCCRCUGUCGUUUGUCAGCCCCGGUUUCUUGGCUGGCCUCCCCAGACUCAGCAAGCUCUCUCUGGGAUCCAAUGCCAUCCGCUCCCUGAAGCCAGGAAUCUUCGGUGCCGUGGGCUCCUUGCAGGACCUGCGUUUGCGGAGGAACAAGAUUGAGGCGCUGCCUACCGAGAUCUUCCGCCCGCUUCGGCACCUCCAGGUGCUGGACCUCUCCCAGAACGUCAUGACUGAGCUGCCCCUGGGGCUCUUUGCUCCCCUCACCUCCCUCCGUGUCCUGAGGCUGAGCGACAACCUGCUGGCCUGGCUGCGGCCCAGCGCCUUCAGCAGCCUGGGCCACCUCGUGGAGCUCCACCUGGGCGGCAACCGGCUGGGUGAGCUGCCACGUGAGGCGUUCGCGGGCCUCGGCGGGCUGCGGCGGCUGCAGCUGCAGCACAACGCCCUGCGCAGCCUGCGCACCGACGUCUUCUCCUGCCUCCCCAACCUCACCUCCCUCAGCCUGGAGGGCAACCGGCUCGCCGCGCUGCCGGACACCCUCUUCUGGGGCACCCCGCGGCUCCUCGACCUCUCGCUCGCCCGCAACUGCCUGGAGACGGUGCCUGAGGGCGUCUUCGCCAACCUCUCGGAGGUGCAGACCCUGGCGCUCUCGCACAACAGCCUGGCCCACCUCCCCGCCGGCGCCUUCCAGGGCCUCUCGAGCCUCACGGUGCUGCGGCUCAGCCACAACAACCUCUCCAGCCUGGCGCCCGGGCUCCUGGCAGGGCUGCCGAGCCUGGUGGUGCUGGCGCUGGAGCACAACCGCCUGCCACAGCUGCCCACGGGGCUCUUCGACGCCAACGAGGAGCUGGCGCGUGUCGGGCUGGCGGACAACCCCUGGGUGUGCGAYUGCCGCCUCGCCUACCUCCUGGGCUGGCUGCAGGAGUUCGCCGAGCCCCUGCUCCACACGGCGGCCRCCUGCGCCGAGCCCGGGCCCAUGAAGGGACGGUCCCUCCUGGAGGCAGCAGGACAGUGGCUGCCRUGCCAGAGGGAGCCGCCACCAGUGAAGGAGGAGGAGGAGGAUGAUGAUGAGGAGGAGGAAGUGCCUGGUCCGUGCACCUACAGCGAUGCCGAGGGCAGCGUGCAGGCGGCCUGCGACGCCGCGGGCUGCCGGCAGCUCAGCCUGCGCCUGCCCGAGGCGGCGGCGGGGCUGCCCUUCCAGGGCGCCUGGGUGCUGCGCUCCCGCUGCGGCGUGCUGCACGUCAGCGUCAGCCUCACCUCGCCAGGCGGAGGGACCCUUGUUUGGAGGCCUUGCUCCCCGUUCGCCUUGGCUCGCCUCCGGAGUGGCUGCAGUGGGUGCCCACGCUACGUCAGAAGCRUCGAGACAAUGUACCAGCAUUUCCUUUUCCUUUUUUUCCUCUCCUUCCAUCCCUAUAAAUGCCAAGGACAAAUCUUGAGUGAAGACCAGUAUGAAACUCCCAAGGAUUACCAAGAAGUCUACAGAGGAAACAAAAAUGAUGUCAAAGAAAUACCUAAAAUUGCAAAGCCCUUCAUUUCCGAGAUGAUCUUUGUACAGACUAGCGUCACUGAUAUAAGGAAAAGUGCGUUCAGAUACAUGCCUAACCUGGUCAAAAUCCUGUUUAUUGGCAACAAAAUCAAGACAGUAGAACCAGGAGCCUUUGACGGUUUGGAUAAACUGAGGGAUUUGGAGAUCUCUGGUGCCUCAUUAGAAGAACUAGCUGUGGGUACUUUCCAAAACCUUCCAAGCUUGCGGAAACUGGAGCUGAGAGACAGCCACAUCAGACAUAUCCCCAAAGGACUGUUCGAUGGUCUGAAGAAUUUGGGAGAGCUCUCUUUGCACAUCAAUGCGAUCCCUUCUCUCCCAGAAGGCAUCUUCGAUUCUCUUACCAAUCUAACGUUUUUGGACUUGGCUAGAAAUAGGAUCAGGACUCUUCCUGAGGAUGCCUUUAGCAAACUCACCCAGCUGCAAGUCCUACGGCUGUAUGAGAAUGAGCUGCAGGACCUCCCAGAGGGAUUGCUGGAUGGUCAGCAGGGGCUGCUGGAGCUCAGUCUCCAGAGGAACAGGCUCAGCGUGCUGCCCACCACCCUCCUGAAUAACCUACCCCACCUCGAGAAACUCCUCUUGGACAACAAUCUCCUCAGGAUUCUCCCACUUCAAGGYUUUUUUGGUUUAAAAAAGCUGAAACUACUGACGCUGGGUUCAAACCACAUUGCGGAGCUUCCUGGCUGCCUUUUUGAUGUCAUGCCACAGCUCCGGGAGCUGGACCUGGGCAGGAACAGUUUGAUCACACUUCCAGAUGGCAUUUUUAGAAACCUCACAUCUCUCAACAAACUUGUCUUAUCCCAGAACCAGCUAACAGYCCUACCAAGAGGAGCCUUUGCUGGGCUCAGCAAGCUCUCAGACCUCCAGCUGGACACAAAUCAGCUCUCUGCUCUGGACAGUAAGGUCUUUGUUUCUCUCACAAAUCUGAAAACUCUCAACCUUAGAAAGAAUCAGCUGGAGAACAUCCCUCACGGGCUCUUGGACCCACUGGAAAGACUCAGUUCGCUGUAUCUCAGUGGGAACCCAUGGAGAUGUGACUGCAAUCUUUUCUACCUGCACAACUGGAUCCAGAACAACACUGAAAAAGUUAAAUUGCCCACCCAAGUUACGUGCAAGAGUCCACCCCACCUGGCAGGGCAAGCAGUAAUGUCACUGAGAGGCAACCAGUUAAUUUGUCCAAAUACUCCGCCUGCUUCAGCUUCUUUUAGUCCACCUCUGCUAUUCGCUUCCUUGUCACCACAAGUGAUGUCAACUGUGCUAUCAGCCAGGGCUUUCCCAACUGCAGUGCUGACCACAGUGUCACCAGGGACCUUCCCCAUCUUGGCAGUGCCGAACACAGCACUGCCUGCAGCCAUUACUACCGUGAUGUCAACCUUGCCACAAAAAGCUUACAUCAGUUCUCCAUCCUUGGAGGCCCUCAUCACCAAAUCAUCACCAGCUGUGCUGCCAGAGGCCUUCAUCGUAACCCCAUCUCCAACUGUGCCAGUGGAGGCCUCCUUCAGCAUUCCAGCCCUGACCAUGCCUCAGAAGACUUCCUUUACCACUUCAGCUCCAACCAUGCUAACAGAGGCCUCCAUCAGCACCCAAUUUCCAACCAUGCCACCAGAGACCUCCAUCACCAGCCCAUCUCCAACUGUGCUGAGAGAGGUCCAGAUCACCACCCCAUCUCCAACCAUGUCACCAGAGGUCUUCAGCUUCAGUCCAACACCAGCCAUCUUAAGUCUACAGCCUCCUGGAGUCACUACCACAGAGCCCACASCAUUCACACCAGCUUCUGCUGCUACCCCAGUGUCAGCCACUACCCUGGCAGCCACUGCUGGACAAAUGUCACCUGUUCCUUCAGCUCCUACAGGGAGGCCAGCAGCCAACAUUUUGGGCACUCCCAGCAACUCCUUUGCCUCGGGCUUUCCGUCAGUGCUCCAGCCAACCCGCAGGGCUGCUAGCCUGGGCAUGACUACACCGGCAUCGUACUCAUCAUCUGACCAAGACUCUAAGCCAAGCAAGGAGCUGGACCAGGUUGCAGUGUGGGGACAAUCCACCAUCAGCACCCAUGCCUCAGGCACGGCCACACAGGGUGAUGGCCCUGGAAAACCUACUGUGACGUGUGGAGACCCUGCUGCCAACCCUACCGAGUCGUGCUACGAACAGGUCCAUGCCGAAUAA